AGAACUGGCUCACUUACCCUGGAUGUUUUCAUGGAGUUUGGCUAUGGACGAAAUGUGAGCAAGCGGACUGUCAGAUAGAUACAGGAGAUGGAGUGAGAUAUGUGGAGGACAAAUUGCUGCAUAAAGGUUCCAUUGUCACUCUCUCAGUCUUGCCACUGCCAGGAUGUUCCCCUGCCUGGCCCAUAGACCAUGGCAAGUUUUCUGCAGGGUCUACUUGCAGCAGCGAGCACAUCUGUCUCAGCUACCUCCUAGAAUAACACGCCCAUGCCAUGGUUGGCAAAGCGGAGGUAAGGGCCACAGCCUUUGGUUAAGUUUCCCUGACCACAGAGGGUCCUCUUUGGCUUGGGCACAGGUUCAGUACUAUUCUACUGCCGGCAGCAGUAAAGAUGGACCACCACAGGACCCUGAUGGGCCGAAACCCACUGAUAAAGCAUCCACUGAUCAGCACUCCACAGAGCCGGCCGCGGCUGGCGAUCCUUCUGAACCCAAAGCUCAAGGUUUAAUGAAAGCAGAAAACAUUCAAGUGAAAGUGAGGGCAGUACUGAAGAAGAGGGAAUAUGGCACCAGAUACACACAGAACAAUUUCAUCACUGCUGUCAGGGCAAUGAACGAGUUCUGUCUCAAACCCAGUGACCUGGAGCAGUUGAGGAAGAUCCGUCGACGCAGCCCUCAUGAUGACACAGAGGCAUUCACAGUCUUUCUGCGCUCAGACGUGGAGGCCAAGGCUCUGGAUGUUUGGGGCAGUAUGGAGGCACUUGCUCGAGAGAGGAAACUCAGGAGUGAGGUGGAGAGACAAUACCAAGAAAAUAUAUUUAGAAAUCAGAAACUGCUGAAGGAAUACAAAGAUUUCUGGGGAAACACAAAGCCUCGGUCAGGAAAGAGGGCAACUUUCCUCCAGGGCCCAGGAAAAGUGGUGAUGGUAGCUAUUUGCAUAAAUGGACUGAAUUUCUUCUUCAAACUCCUGGCCUGGGUUUAUACAGGAUCAGCCAGCAUGUUCUCAGAGGCCAUCCACUCCCUGGCUGAUACCUGUAAUCAGGCACUCCUUGCACUGGGCAUCAGUCAGUCUGUUCGCAACCCAGACGCCGUGCACCCAUACGGCUUCUCCAACAUGCGCUACAUCGCCUCCCUCAUUAGUGGAGUGGGCAUUUUCAUGAUGGGAGCUGGCCUGUCCUGGUAUCACGGUAUUAUGGGACUUCUGCACCCUCAACCAAUGGAAUCACUGCUUUGGGCAUAUUGUAUUUUGGCUGGAUCUCUGGUUUCUGAAGGAGCAACACUACUGGUGGCUAUUAAUGAGAUCAGGAAGAGUGCCCACAAGCAAGGAGUGUCCUUCUAUGAAUAUGUUAUGCAGAGUCGGGACCCCAGCACCAACGUGGUCCUGCUAGAGGAUGCUGCAGCUGUUCUGGGAGUGGUGCUGGCUGCUGGAUGUAUGGGUCUGACCUCACUCACAGGUAAUCCGUAUUAUGACAGCCUGGGUUCUCUGGGUGUGGGCACUCUACUGGGCACAGUCUCAGCAUUCCUCAUCUACACCAACACUGAGGCUCUGCUGGGCCGCUCCAUUCGGGCCGAGCACGUCCAGAAGCUAACAGAGUUCCUGGAGAGUGACCCUGCUGUCAGGGCGAUUCACGAUGUGAAGGCCACAGAUAUGGGGCUGAGUACAGUGCGGUUCAAGGCAGAGGUGGACUUUGACGGGCGGGUGGUUACGCGAUCCUAUCUGGAAAAGCAGGACAUUGACCAGAUCCUACAUGACAUUCAGCAGGUGAAAACUCCAGAGGAGUUGGAAUCUUUCAUGCUGAAGCAUGGGGAGAACAUCAUCGACACCCUGGGAGCAGAAGUGGAUCGUUUAGAGAAAGAGCUCAAGCAACGCAAUCCAGAGGUGCGACACGUAGAUCUAGAGAUUCUCUGAUGAUCCUGAGAAAGGGGAGCAGUGUCAGUAUGGCAGAGAACAAGCCGGACAACAGAAGGACGAUUUAGACGGUCUGGACCUUGAGUGACACUGCUCAGACCCACCAGUCAAAUGAAGUCUUACUUUUCAGAAAUCCUAUGUCAUCUAAGCACUCUCAGGAGCGAUGUUUCAGCCCGUUUUGUCAGCUUACAGCGCAGAAACUCUAUAAGGUUUGCAGCUACAUGCACAAUAGGCCUGAGAGAAUACACAUCCAGAAAUGCUGGUAUGCUUUAUUGGUGAGCACUAUUGAAAUGGGCUCAUGUUAAUGUACUGUAGUGCUGGUGUAGGAUCAGCCUCAGCCUCCUUACAUCUAUUUGAAUAGUGUUUAGCAGGAUUAAGAGGCAAAAGCUGAUCCUAAAACAGCACUCUGAGUUGAUAGACGUACAUAUGGCUUGAGGAAUAUUUCACAGAGCAGUUCAGCUUCUAUAACUUCAUACAAAACCCAAAACAGUUUUUUUUUAAUAAUCUUGGUGAAGCAGCAAACAAAGCACAGUCAUCUGGUCUUGGUAAGAAGAGAGAGCACAGGUUUUCACCAGUAAAGGAACAGAACCUCAUAUCCGUUGUGCUUCAAG